UAAAAAACAGCAAUCGCCUUAGUCACGAACGCCGUGAGCCGAUUUUUGGCUAAUAGCGCGCCCAUUGAGCGCAGCCCACCCAAUUACCCCAAGUGGAUGAGCACAGCGAAAUUUACUCGUAUUUACUUGGAUUAGUAUGUGGUGGUUGCAAAUCACUUGCAACCAAUAAAUCCAGCAAAACGGCGAACCAAAGCGAAUUUUCACACACCCAAACGCACCCACGCCUCUCAUUCAGCGUGCGGUCACCCACAGUUGUAACAAAAGUAAACAAAUUAACAAAAACAAUACAAAAAACCAAAUACGCACAGAAAAGUUGCAGCAGCCGAAGAAGCAGACUCAUUUUCAUUAUGAUCGUAGUAACAAUAUGCACCAGCGCCUCAGCAGCGCCCACAACAACUAUCAAUAGUCCCGCCAAUAAUACACAAGCCACACACGCACAAACAGUGACGGCAACAAGAAAAGCCAGCACGAGCGCAAAGAACAAGGCGGUGGGUGUGACGUUAACACAAAACACGAUAGAUGUGAGCAGCGGUGUAGUCUACACGAUGGCGCAAACAGCCAACGAGGGCUCGCGAAAACGGAAACGACACAGCAAACGUCACAGUAAUUGGAAUAUAGACACGUCCAAAGAUCUGCCAUGGGUGAAUCCUUGCGGUGGUUUCUAUGUGCCGUCGGCGACACAAAGUGGCAGUGCCAUGCGACGGAAGAACACAACAAAACAGAUUUUCAACAUGCUGAAAAAGUCGGCAGGCACCGAGUACAAGAAGUUGAAAGCCGGUCAACAAGAUAUUGAUAUAAGCAAUAUACAUAUUUGGUCGCUGCACAAUAAGACUUAUAAAUUUUUGCCCAAAUUGAAGCUCAACUCAACGAUCGCACUCAAACGGUGGUACCGAAACAUGCAAUCCUUUGUGGGUUCAUUCGCUUAUUUGCGCAGCAUACAGCGCGCCUGGGAUAUGGCCAAAUUGCAACGUGAAAAUAGCACAGGACGCGAACUGCGACGAUUAUUUAUCAGCGCACGCAACAUGUUGUGUGAAUUGGAGACGGCCAUCAAUGGCACAAUGCCCGCGCCGCGUAUGUUACGCGGCAGCGCGCUACCGCAAGUGACAAGCGAGCAAAUGAAUAAGCGCAUAAAGCUCUACACGAAGCGGCGCGUCGAAAGCAAUCCGCAUAUUGUGCAGGAGGCGAACACAAUCGAUCUAAUGUUCGUGAAAUAUUAUUACUACGAAUUUUUGAAGACCAUGUGGAAGGUGCUGCGCCAACAAACAAAGCGACGCGGUCAAAUUGCGCUGAUGGCCAAUCCAAAGGCGUUCAAUGAGGUCGAAAAGCACUUUGGCAGCAUUAGCAAAAACAAGCGUGUCAAGGGUCAGUUAGCGGCGCUAAAAACGGCGACAACGUCAGCGGAGCGCAGUGAUAGUGGUAGCAGCAGAGGCGCGGCAAAUAGGCGCAAAAGCUCGAAUGGUAGUGUAGUUGGUAGCAGAAGACGUUUAGCGCAUGCGCGCAACACGCGAAUUACGGGGAACGAAACAACUGAUGAGAUUGCCAAAAAUGCCAACCGUCUGGAUACCGAACCAGUACAGGAAAUACUGAAGCCGUUAAAAACGAUACACAUUGAAUUUUCCGAAGGCGCUGACAGACGAAUUAGAGGUGGAUUGGAAUGA